AUGCGGCGGGCGCGGGGCGCUCUGCCGGCCCAGCUGCCGGCGGCGGAGGCGGAGGAGGGGCUGCGGCGCCUGGCGCGGUUCCUGGCGCGCGCGUUGCCGCUGUGCCGCGCCCACACGACGGAGUUCUACGCGCGCGGGCUGUGGGAGCAGCUGGUGGCGGCGCGCCCCGAGGUUGUGCUGCAGGCGCUGCGGCGCCCCCUGCCGGAGGCCUCCGGCGCCGCGGCCGUGCGGUGGGAUGACAACACAUUUUCUGACGUGUUUUGUGAAAACUCCAAGAAACUUAUCAAUGUACACUUAUUUGCCCUCGCUGCCAAGCAUUAUUCUUUGCCUAACCUUGGAGUGUGUACCCCAUUAGAAGAGAUACUUGAAGCGCUGAGAGGAGACAGCCAAGAAGCAAGUGGUAUCAAAACUGAUGAGUUUAUGAAUAAUAAGAAAUCGCAUGAAGUACAAGCAAUGUCAGAGCUGGUAGACAAAAUAGCAAAGUACUGUGGUUUAAAGCAGGUGAUUGAUAUAGGUUCUGGAAAGGGCUACCUGAGUUCAUUUUUGUCUAUGCAAUAUAACUUGAAAGUUUAUGGAAUCGAUUCAUCGAAAACCAAUACUAACGGCGCUCAUGAAAGGAACAGGAAAUUGAAGAAACACUGGAAAACUUAUCAGAGUCGAGCAAGAGUCAAUUCUGAGACCCAGAGGUUGGAAAAGCCAAUAAAAAAUGAAGUUAAAUGUAAAGCUAUCAAUGAAAAGCCCUUAAGUAAUAACAGCAGUCUUCAAAGUCAAGACCAAGGGACUACCCAAGACUUAGUUCCUUCUUGUGUUUUCACAGAAGUAGCUGUAUCUGAGACCAGCAAACAAACUGAGAUCAAUUUGGCUCAGGCACAGUCUGAUGAGAGCAAGCUUUCCGAAGAGGCUCUUGCUGUUCUCAGUGUUCUGCCUGCUGAUGCUGUAGAAUUUUUUUCUUCAUCCCCCUGUAACUAUGGGGAAGUCCGUGAAGAGGAAAAAGCACGAAGAAAAAUGGCUUUUAUGAAGGCAAAAGAGAGCAAGUCAAGUGAAUCAAGCCUUUAUUUUCCAUUGACCUCCUACAUCAGCGCAGAAACAGAACUCAGUGACAUCAUAACAGAUUUAGAGGACUGUAUAAUGGUUGGUCUGCAUACAUGUGGUGACCUUGCUGCAAACACACUACGAAUUUUUACUGCCAAGCCUGAAAUCAAAGCAGUUUGCAGUGUAGGCUGCUGCUACCAUCUGUUGACAGAACAGUAUGAAAACCAAGAAGAUUGCACAGAGGAAGUGUGGGGAUUUCCCAUGUGUCAGUACUUGAGGGACGAGGGCUGGUGCUGCGGUCGCAAUGCUAGAAUGUCAGCGUGCUUGGCUUUGGAGCGAGUUGCAGUUGGCCAAAUGCUGCCUACAGAGUCGUUGUUUUAUCGAGCUGUUCUUCAGGUUAUUAUAGAAGAAAUUUAUGGUGUCACCAAAAGUGAUCGACAUGUUGGAAAAAUUUUCUCCAAAUCAUCCUCCUUCUUAGAUUAUGUCAGGAAGUCUCUGAAAAAACUGGAACUGGAUGAUUCAAAGCUCCCAGACAGCUGUAUAAUGGAUUACUAUGAAAAAUACAAGCACAGAAUGAAUGAGCUUGAAGCAUUUAAUAUGCUAAAGGUUGUGCUAGCUCCCUGCAUAGAAGUUUUGAUACUUCUGGAUCGUCUUUGCUACCUCAAGGAGCAGAACAACAUUGCCUGGUCAGGACUUGUGAAGUUAUUUGAUCCUGUGAAAUCCCCCAGAUGCUGUGCAGUUAUUGCUCUGAAGAAACAGUCGUGUCUUUAAGUGGAAGCAAACUGCAGAUGGGUUGAAAGCGCUGAACUGAUACUGCUGUUUCCUCAUUGUUCUUUUUAAUUGAUUCCUCAAGUAUACUGAUACAUUUGGCAACUAUUUACUUUUCAGAUGCAAAAAUAAUAAAUGCAAUGCCUCUGUGAAUCGUAAGAAAUAAAUUGUGAUCCGCACCUCUUUUAUAAUCA